AUGCAUAUACUCAACUCCAUUGCGAUUAUUUCCAUUUCCUGUAUUAUUCUCCAAGCUUACACCUCUGAGCCACUCAGAUCUCUUGCGGAUGUCUUCGACGGCGAACUAGCAAAUCUUUCCCUUCCAACACCAUGGGGAAAUCCCUUUCUAGGAGCCCAGGACUUUUAUCACUGCUGCCUUGUGGCCGUCAAUCAAUCUCUAACAAUCGAUAGCGGGAAUCUUACUUUCCUCCCCGGACAAACCGCUUUGCGAGGGAGCAUCGACGAUUUUCAGUCAAACCCGUUUCCGUGUGGAGGAACCUACGACGGUAGCAAUGGAUAUCCUGCCCAGGUCUGGGUGUCCUACACAUGGUGCAGUCAAACCUGCCCAGGUUGGGCGAUGAGUUGGACGGGCUACUACUCGUUGAAACUGUGGUUGAAGCCACUUGUGGCAUUCAUCACCCCUUCAGCAAUAUUUUGUCUAAACGUCCCAAGAAGACGCAAAAUCAACGUGUCAAGACACCUAUUUCCGCGCAAGAUUGGGAGUCCAUUGGGGAUAUUAUCUCUCGCCUACAAGCUCCCGCUGGCAGCAUUGAUUGUCACCCUUGACCUUGUUCUCUGGACAAUUACCUGUCUCACACUUUCUGGCCCGAUGCUUCUGUCCGCGACCUAUGAAGCUCUCCUGGAUGCAAGACUUCUCCGGUACCUCAAGGUACGGAUCGGCACGAAUGCUCUCUCGGUCAAACAACGAGCACAUCUGUUGGUUGCCAUUCUCUUCGGAAGUCUCGACCAAGACCCAGCAUGGAAUGACUGCAAGAGAAUUCUGCAAGAUCUCCCGGACGACAACCUGAGAAGGAGAUUUUCGUCAAUCACCACGAAUGGGCCAUUGGCCAUGCCGCAACCUGCAACUACCGUCAUCACAGGUUCAACUGAGCCAAAGCGUCCAAGCUUCUCUUCCGUUGCAUCUCCUAGACGGCAACGAAUUGCGGCAGAAUAUGCGAUCUCAACUGGACUACAGAUCGAUCUUGUCAAACUCAAACUUAGAUCAGCCAUGGAAUCGCAGAUGAGUUUCGGAUCUACAACGGGAGCCGCCAUUGUUUUUUAUGUUGGGAAUUUUGCAUAUACUCUCAUCGAACUUCGAGCAGCGUAUGGAGAAACUGACCUUUCGCAUCAACUCGCUUUUGGAAUGAUCUGGAUGAUAAUCCCGCACAUCGCAAUUCUGAGCAGUCUUCUACUUGCCUGCAAUAACCCUAGCAUAUGUGAGGGGCUCGCUCAUCCCAUCAGUAUGGGGCGCGACAGACUACUGAGCGUGGAGGAGGCUGCUGGCAUUGAACCUGCCAAAGUCAGCAACGGGAGUCCAGGUGAUCGGUCUCAGAAGUCAUACUCUUGA